AUGCUAUUGAAUACACGACGUUCACCAACCCGUGUUGAUAUAUGUGAUUUUAAUAGAUUACAUUUACGUGAUCAGAAUGCAAAUAUAAAUACAAGAAAUUAUCUUUCAUCGAAAUCAGCACCAUCAUCUAAGCCCUAUCGUGAUUUACGUUUAGUUGUAACAAAUCGAAUUCCAUCAAAUAUUGUUAUUUUAUCAAAAACAUCAUCUUUUUCUUCAACGCCAUCGAAUAAAUCAAAAUUGCAUCGACGAAAAAGUGAACAUAAAAAGAAUCAAAAACAGCCAGGCUUUGAUGUUUAUCGAUCACUUGUUCGAUCUGUAUCCCGUUGUUCUAUAUCUUCUGAACGAGAUCUAUCGAAUGAUGAUAUGAACUAUUUAGCAAAUUCCUUUACUGUUGAUCGUAUACCUCUAUUACCAAGUACGGUUUAUUUUCAUUCACAUAAUUUAUUGAAAACUCAAAAAAAUUCUACUUAUUCUAAUGAUAAUCGAAGACCAUUAAGUAGAGCAAGAACAUUUUAUGAAUCAUCUUCAUCAUCACGUUUUGAACAUAUUGAUUAUAUGCGACCAAUGUCACCAGAAAUAUUUCAUCGAACAACACCAACUAAUCAAUAUUAUGAAGCUAGUGACGGAACGCUCACAACGACGACAAACAUUUUACCAUGUACACCAACAACUCGCACUCGUAAAGAAAUACAUGUUUAUAUACCACAAGCAUCUUGUUAG